AUAAAAGCAAUAUAGAUACAAUCUCCGGUGAAAUUAAAUAGUGAAGGGGGAGUAGGUUGUAGACAGAGGAGCAAAGCGCGAGACACCCGAGACCCGAGUAGGAGAAGGCGAGGUUUGAGGCCUAAAGGUAGUCUUCUUCUGUUGAGUACUCUCUAGUCUCUACUCUGUGACUGCUCUGUAAAAUGACUUUAAAAGGGGCGGUGAGAGGCCAAUUACAGUAACCAUUCCUUUCCUUCCCUCUUUCUCUCUCAUCUCUGGCUUUCUGUUCACCUAUCGGUACCCAAUUUAAUUUCGCUUUUCUUUAGUUGAAAUCUCUUCAAUUAUUCCAUGAAGUUCCAACUCAAAGCGAUUUGAAGCUUCUGCAAGUUAUUUCAUUCCCCUGUUUCUUAUUUUGGGAGAUUUGAACAUGGCUCAUAAACAUCUAAGUGAGCUAUUAAGUGAAGAUCAAGAACCUUUCGUUCUGCAGAACUACAUUGAAGAGAGACGUUGCCAGCUGAAAAGAUCUGUGCCUAGAGACCACUUACAGGUUAAGAGGCGGAAACCAAUCUCUGGUAACUCUACUUUCCCUGCUUGCUUUUUCUCCUUCCACGACUCUCCCGAUGUAAGAAAAUCUCCUUUGUUCGAAUUCUCCUCCCCACUGAAAAGCCCAUGUGGAAACUCGAAUAAGCUUUUCGUUCACAUCCCAUCAAGGACGGCAGCCCUUUUGCUUGAAGCUGCUAUCCGGAUUCAGAAGCAGCCAUCUUCCUCUAAACCCCAAACCACUGGUAAGAUCCUGGGUUCUGGGUUCUUCGGAUCAAUGUUGAAGAGGAUAAGCCUCUGCAAGGGGAAUCAGAAGCCACAAAUCAAAGGGAAAGAGAUAAGGGCCUCAGUGAAGGAUAUCUUGAGGUGGGAUUCGUCUGAUGGGCACAAAGCAUUUGCAAAGGAGAGGCGACAUGACCCAGAAAAAAUGGAAGCUUUGGAUAAGAACAGGGUUGUUUCAGAGAUGGGUUUAUCGUGCUCAUGUAACAGUGGACUUAGCAGUCUCUGGUCUGAGAGUAACGAAGACAAAUCUGAAGAUUUGGAUACUUCAAGUAGCAGGUCUGACGAGGAAUUUUGUUCAAGUCCCUUCCGAUUCUCCCUUCGAAAGAGCCCCUCCCACGGCCACCAGACGCCGGAAUUCGGGUCUCCGGCGACAUCCCCUAGACGCCACAUAAAAAAGGUGAAGCAGAAGGAAGACGGAGAAGAAAAAGAAGAGAGGAGGGAGAGUUGCAUGGGGGAUAAGGAGUACGAGGAAGAGAAAAAGGAACAAUGCAGCCCUGUGUGUGUGUUGGACCCAGCCUUCGACACCGACGUCGAGGAUGAUGACAACGAGGGAGGAGAAAACAACAGUAAUGACGGUGACCACCGACACCUUCAGUCAGAUUCUGACUGUGAUGGUGAUGAGGAAGGAGAACAUGUGGUGGCUGCCCACCACCACCACCACCACCACCGUCAAUUUGAAGAGAUGGAGGAGGAGGAUAGUUAUGAUGAGGAUGCGGUCGAGCGCAGCUUUGCCAUCGUACAGAGAGCAAAGCAUCAGCUUUUAAACAAGCUGAGAAGAUUUGAAAGACUUGCAGAUUUAAAUCCCAUUGAGCUCGAGAAGAGAAUGUUGGAGGUAGAAGAUUGUGAUGAUAGUUAUGGAUUAGUAUCUCCAGAUGAAGAUGAUGAAGAUGAUGAGGAUGAUGAAGAUGGCUUUGACGAAUCAGUGUCCAGUCAAUUUAAGGGGAUGGGGAAGACACCAGGGGACAUGAAGCGACUCAUAUUAGACCUGAUCAUGGAGGAAGAAAGAAGAAGGAAUGAAGAGAAUAUUGAUGGUGUUGAUAGGGAGGUGGUGUUCAACAAUGUGGGCAAGAGAUUGGAGGCAUGGAAUGGGGUGGAAUCGGACACCAUAGACAUGAUGGUUGAACUGGAAUUGAGAAGGGAAGGCGACGAAUGGAAGAGAUGCGAAGAGCAAGCGCGAGAGAUGGCGAUCGAGAUCGAGUUUGCCAUCUUUGGAUUGUUGUUGCAGGAACUCUCAGAUGAAGUUCACAGUGCUAGCUAACGAAUUUAUGGUCCUUCAAAACUUCGCCAUUUUUAUGACAUUGUGGUUCAUUUGUGAAGGUAUUAGGUCAAGGAGAGAGAUGCCACGAGGGAUGUUUGGUUUGAACUUUAAAACCUUAGCGAGAUACAAUAGCUUUUUGGGGUUAUUUCUUUGCAGGGUUGUGAUGUAUAUGGCGUCAUAUUCUUAUUGCCGGGAACCCAAUCGCGCAACGGAAAAGGAUUGGAUUGAGUAUCUCUCGCAUUGGAUUUCAUGGACAUAUAUAUCCAAUUGUUCUAUGUACAUUACAUAAAUACAUAAAAUAAACAUGUAUAUAUUAAGGUUUUCAAA